AUGUUGACCUUCGCACAGCGCACCACCAGCAGCCUCACCACGACGUUCCCCAAGGUGGAGAUCCUUGCACAGUACGACGAUGCCGCUUCUCUGGAAUCACAAAGGUGCGCCCUCUUUCCCCCUCUCGCGGGCCCACUGACGGACUCUCCUCUGCAGGCGAAUAAGGGCGACUUCAAGGACAUCCGUCGUCUCGACCCCGCCCUCAUCGAGGACAUCCCAAACACUGUCCCCAUCAACACUGUCAACCGCCAGUGCUCCUCGGGGCUCUCCACCAUUAACCACAUCACCGCGGAGAUCGUCUCGGGCCAGAUUGAUAUUGGCAUCGGUGCGGGCGUCGAAUCGAUGGCGUUCGGGUACGGCGCGCUCGGGCUCGCCCAGACAAAGGGUUUCUCAGAAACUUCGCUCUGCGCAAGAAGCAGAGGACUGCCUAAUCUCGAUGGUCGCUCGCCGAGCUCACACAUUAUCGCACGGAUGCUAUUCAUGGCCUCCGCACCAUGGACUGCCUGGCGGCAAACCUGCCUCCCUUGCAGGUAUUUCCGCGCUCUCAUCCAACAGUAG